AUGGCAGAAAUUAUUGGUCCCGUAGUGGAACUUGGUCAGUGGUUGUGGAGUCCAGCAAAGCGUGGAUUGGGUUACAUGGUUCUUCUCAACCUUCAAAUUGAAAAGCUUCAAGUAAUAAAAAAUGGUAAUCAAAAUUUAUUUGAUGCGUUUCAACUAAAUGGAGAAGAAGUCAAGCCUGAGAUUCAAAUGUGGCUACAAGAUGCGAAUAAGGCCAUAGCAGAUGCUGCACAAUUAAGUGGUGAAGUUGCAGCGAGUAAAAAUUGCAUCAGCGGGAUGUGCCCGGAUUUGAGAUGGCGUUACAAUUUAGGAAAGAAAGCAAUGGAGGAGAAAGAAGCAGUAAACAAGCUACUAGAAAAGGGAGAUUUUCAAACAAUUUCUGUUCAAGUUCCACAUCCCAUUGAAAUUGAGUCCACAAUGUCAACUGAUGGUUUUCAAGCAUUUGGAUCAACAAGCAGAGCCAUGGAUCAAGUCAUGACAGCGCUGAAAGAUGAUAAGGUCACUGUGAUUGGGGUCUAUGGAAUGGGAGGUGUAGGCAAAACAACCAUGGUGAAACAGGUUGGUGCACAAGCCCGUAAAGACGGACUCUUUGAUCAUGUGAUUAUGGCUGUAUUUAGCCAAAAUCCCGACUUGAUGAAGAUUCAAGGCCAACUUUCAGAUAUGUUGGGCUUGAAAUUUCAGGUGGAAACAGAAUUGGGAAGAGCAGGCAGAUUGAAGCAGAGGAUACUAAGUGGAAACAAGACCCUUAUAAUCUUGGAUGACAUUUGGAAUGCAUCACAAACUACUUUGACUAGCAUUGGAAUUCCCAGCCCCAUUGAACUGCAAGGACACAAUUCCAAAGUCCUGAUAACCACAAGGAGAUUGAAUGUUUGUCACGGCAUGGAGUGCAAUGUAAAAGUACAUCUCAAUGUCCUAUCUGAAGAAGAUUCCUGGAACUUGUUUGCGAAGAAAGCAAGAAAGUCUUUUGAAUCAGUCACUUUCUAUAAUGUGGCGAGAAAGGUAGCUCGUGAAUGUGCUGGUCUUCCAAUUGCAUUGAUAGCAGUUGCAGGUUCACUUGGAGAUAAAGACUUUGAUGAGUGGAAAGAAGCAGCUCGACGACUGGAGAUGUCCCAGCCUGCCAACCUUGAAGACGACGGAGAUGUGUUCAAAUGUAUAAAGUUAAGCUAUGACUACUUGAAAGGCGAGGAUGCCAAGUCAUGCUUCUUGCUUUGCUCCCUAUUCGCAGAAGACAGUAAUAUCGCCAUACAAGACUUGUUUAGUUACGGGUUUGGGUUGGGAUUGUUUCGAGAUGGCAAGACAUUGGAAGGAGCCAGAGCCAAAGCACGUUCAGUGACCAAGUACCUUAAAGCUUCCAGCUUGCUUUUGGACGGGAUAAGCGAAAAAUUUGUGAGAAUGCAUGAUGUCAUACGAGAUAUGGCCAUAUUAAUUGCAUCAUCAGAAGAACAUGGCCAUCGGUUUUUGGUAAAAGCCGGUUGGGAAUUAAAUGUCUGGCCAAAUGAUACAGAUGAAGGCUGCUCUGCAAUCUCGCUAAAGGAUAACUGUAUAAGCAAGCUUCCUGAUGAGUUGGUAUGCCCAAAACUCCAAAUUUUACUUCUAAAUAGUAAUCGUACAGUAAAGGAGAUCCCAGAAGCUUUUUUCCAGAGUCUGAAUGCAUUAAGGGUCUUAGACCUUACCUACACUUCUAUUUCAAUACUACCCUCAUCGUUCAAUUUCCUAAUAAACCUCCAAACAUUGCAUCUAGAUCACUGUUGGUCCUUAAAGGACAUUUCCGUACUCGGAAAACUAAAGAAACUUGAGAUUCUUAAUCUGAGAUCCACUCGUUUUGAAAAAUUUCCAGAAGAAAUAGGAAACUUGGCCAGUCUGAGGUUGUUGGAUUUGAGUUGGAAUUCAAAGAUAAUAAUUCCAUCGAAAGUGAUAUCUAGGUUGUCUAGGUUAGAGGAACUGCUCAUGGAAGGUAGUUUUGGAGACUGGGGGGGUAAAGUUGAAGGGGCAGGGGAAAGAAUUAAUGCUGGCUUCGAUGAGUUAACUUGCUUGUCGUACUUAAACAUUUUGUUUGUUCGAAUUUGUAAUGUAGAAUGCAUUCCUAAAGAUGUUGAGUUCCUUCCAAAUUGGGAAAAAUUCUUCAUAUGUAUCAAGAGGGAAUCAGUCUCGAUAGAUAAUUUUACGCAUUCAGAUUGUCCAAGACUAUUGGUCCUCGAGACAACAAUCGAUACCUUGCCGAGUUGGUUGAACAGUGUGGUGAUCGAGAGAACAGAGAAAAUAUUUUAUAGCGAGUGCAAGGGAUUAAAUAACUUUCUUGUGGAAUAUGCCACGGAGAGAUUACAUGGAUUGAUUUCUCUUCGUGUCGAAGAGUGCAAUCACAUGCCAAGUUUGAUGAAUACAACGACAACAUUGGUUCCAAAUAGACCUGUGUUGGAGAAGUUGGAAGAGUUGUAUGUUUAUUGGUUGAAUGACUUAAAAGAGUUAUGUGUUGGUGACUUACCGCAUGGAUCUCUAGGCAAUCUCAAGUUCUUGGAGGUGACAGGGUGUAAAGCCUUGGAGGGCACACUUCUUCAACCGAAUUUGUGGCAGAAACUUCAAAAUCUGGAAGUACUUAAUAUUCAAAGAAUGUCUCGUAUGGAAUAUGUGUUCGAGUCUGAAGGGCUAAAACAAGAACAGGCUGCUUUUAGAAAUUGGAGAGAGAUGAAAUUGGCAAAUCUUGGAGAACUAAAAAGCAUAUGGAAUGGCCCAGCUCAAUAUGCAAUCUUCCAUAAUCUUAAGGUUUUGACAGUAUCUCGGUGUAGGAAAUUGAAGACCAUUUUCACAACAGACGCAUCUCACUGUCUUAUGCAACUGGAACUGGAAGAGCUACAGGUAUAUGAUUGCUCUAGUUUGGAGACAAUUAUUGGAGCAAACGAGGGAACAUUAGAGGACAGGAUCAUUUUUCCGCAACUGAGGUGCAUAUUUUUGCGGAAUCUUCCAGAAUUGAAAAGCUUUUAUAGUGGUGGUGUUGAGUGCCCUUCAUUGGAAUACUUGUAUGUGCACGGGUGCCAUAGCCAAUUUUCAAUCUCUGCUUCUGACUUCCAUAGCCAGAAGCAAGUCCUAGUAGAUAAUGGGUUCUUACCGGUGAGAAGAAUUGAAACACUUGAACACUUCUAUAGUGGUGGAACUGGUGGUGUUGAGUGCCAUUCAUUGGAACACUUGUAUGUGAAACAGUGCCGAGCAACCAAACAAGUGCAAGAAAUUGAAGAUGAUCAGCCUAUGUUCCAGACCACAUAUCAUGGCAUUCAUUCAUGCACGACACGCUCAAAGCUAGCUCGCCUACCUUUCACCUUCGAGUUUUUAUAUUUGACUUUUGUGUAA